GCAUCGGGCUCAUGGGAUUGUUCUGUGCGAUUGUGGUCAUUAGAUUUAUCGUUGGUUUCUAAACACGACCAAACCAACCCGUCAUGUCAUGUUCUGCAAGGGCAUAAAAGCAAUGUGAAAGCUGUUUCAUUUUCAUGCCAAGGUCUUUUGGUAGGUGGAGCACAAUUAAAUGAUAGAAUUAUAUAGAAUAGGGCAGUAUAAGAGGUUGCAACAUAUUAGAAUUUAACCACACAUUUAAUAUACUUGUGACCCUUGCUAUUAAUUAACCCUUUAACUGGCAAUGCAUCCUGAUGUGCCCUACUUUAUUAAUUUAGUCUUUAUAACGCCAGACGAUUUUACUCGUCAAGGGGAUCGAGAAUACCUGUAAUUCUGCCACUCAAUAGCUGUAAAAUUGGGAUGGAAUGAUGAAUGUAUUUUCUCCUUAAGCAGGUUUAAAAUUUCAUAUUUAUCCUAUUUGGGAAAACCAUUUUCUGUGCUGGAAUUUAAAUUGAAGCAAAAUAGUUGCAAUGAUCGACUUAUGAUAAAAAUCUUAAUUUAUUCAUUGAACGCCCCAGGCCCCCCCCCCUGAUGAGUAAAGUCGUUUGGCAUUUAGACAGAGUAAAAUAUUGGCACAAUGCAACUUAAGGGUUAAUACAUAUUCUUUCAGGCAUCUGCUUCAUGGGAUUUGUCCAUAAUAUUGUGGGAUAUCAACACAAAAUCUAUGAACAUCAUUUUGAGAGGACAUACCGGAUGGAUACAGGUACUCUAUCAUACAUUCCCUGUGUAAUAAUUAUAUAAUAAUAUAUGUACCGGUAGUUAAUUUUUCUUUGUUUUUAAAGGCUUGUACAUUCUCUCCUGACGGUAAUACACUGGUGUCCGCAGCCGAUGACCAAACAGUAAGUACAGUAGAAUUCUUGAAAAUUGAAUAAAAUAAAAUUCUUGACUAAUUCAAAUUGAAAAUUUUUUUUGCUUUACAUUGGUCAACAAUGGGCAUGAACACCGUUACAAUACACUAACUGUGACAAUGAUGCCUUUUUAUCAGUAAAGCAAGCAACUUUCAAAAAAGCGGGGGGAAAAUAAGGUCUGGCAUGUAAAGCAGUGAUAACCACAUUGAAAAAAGCAUUAGAGUCUGCUUCAAGCAGGGGCACAAUAAAUCAGUUGUCGGCAAAAUGAAUUGGAUCAAGCCAAUAGGCAAUACCUGAUUGGAGAGAGAUUGUUUGUAGAAAAUUUGUAGAAAAUGCGAGAUCGAAAAGAUGGAUAUGUCGCCAAAUUGGCCAAGAACUUAUUACGCUAAUACGCUAUUUAAUAGUAUUAUAUUUUCUUGCAAUUUUGUGAAAUAUGAUACCAUAGGAAACUCGAAGCACAUGUGCGUGUUGACUAUUGAUCGAUGCGUCUGCGCUUCAUUUCAUAAUUUUGUAAAGCCAGUAAAAGUCUUAGAAAUUACACCUAACGGUCUUAUAUACAAUGAGAAAGACGAAGAUGAUUUAAAAGUAUGGACAGUAGCAAGCAAAAACGCAAACGGAAGAGAGAGAAACUGACGUGUUUAGUUUGUAAUUGGUCGUUUGAUGACGAUUGGAUGUGCUUUUUUGAAAUUUAUACCAUGUAUUUUAAGGAACUAUUUCGCCUAUUUUAAAAAUAAAUUAUCUUACUAUUCGGAUUUCAUCGUUGUACAUCACUUAAAAAUGAAUACGGUUCGUUUUGACCACGCCCUAACAACGUGCUAGCCACGCCCUUUUGUCGGCAAAAAGUUGUCUUGCACCCCCCCGAAAAGGAUAGUCUUCGCUCCGCCCCUGCCUUCAAGGAAUGCUACGUACUGUUGAUCUGGGGCCGGUUGUAUAAAAACGUAGUUAGCGCUAACUGCAGUUAAAAAGUAGUUAAAAAGCCUUAAAAAAUAGUUAACUUUAAUCACGUAGUUAAGCCGGUUGUAUAAAAGUGUAGUUAGCCUUAACUGCAGUUAAAAAGUAUGCUUUAGGGUAUAGUUAACUGUCCAAAACGUAGUUAAAAAUGGCGUUUGUAUAGGAGUGAACAACAUUUUUCAGUAAAACAACAAUGAAAAGAAAUGGUUACCUGAGAUUUUCAAUCGCUAUCUUCCCUGUGAAUGUUUCCUGACAAUAUAAACUCUUCAAACGCUAUCGCUUUGGUGUUUUUACGAAAACAGAACAUAUUUUUGCACAGGACGAUUUCUCGAAGACGAAGUAUGGUCCAUUACACCAAGAAACACUGAUAUAUGAUUGCCAAACAGCUAUACCUUGGUUUAACGUAGGCAUCUCAAGGAAAAACUGCAUUCUUUUAUGAUUUUUGUGGCGGUUUUUCCUUGUUUUCUUGUAUAUUUUUCACUGUUUUCUAGUGUUUUUAAUAAAAUUCCCGCCUAUUUGCAAAAUACGAGUCCACAAUCAUGUUGAAAAUGUGUGUCAGCGGUCGUUAUUCGCUGCUUACUUUAUGUAAUUUUGUGUUUAAACGCCCCACGCACAGUUAACUGCGUGAUUAGUUAACUAUCCGACUAACUACGUUUUGUGCAACGCAGUUAAGUCAUGUAGUUAACUAAUUACAGUUAAGGAUUUAACUGCAGUGAUUAGCGCUAACUACAGUUAGCGCUAACUACGUUUUUAUACAACCGGCCCCAGAAAAUUGGAACCACAGGGCACAAGAUAACGUUGUUAGACGUUGUAAGCUUUUACCCUGUGCCUUGUACAUGCUGCUAUGCUGCCUAUGCGUGCAGGUACAUUAUUGUGUUGUCAAUUUUUGAACUAAUUUUUCACAAAAUUCAUCAUGUUGUCUUAGGUUCGUGUUUGGGAUGUAAAUGAAGGCAAUUGUAUAAAAGAACUCGAGGUAUUGUAACGUUUUAACAAACUGUUAACUGAUUAAUUAAUUGGAUUAAGGUGGCUCCCUUUGCGUCAUUGUGAUGACCUUAUUUUUUGCUACUGUUUCUUUACAACUGUAGGGAGCCACCUUAAUAUUUAAGGACAUACGAGGCAAUUUUUGCUACAACUUGCAACAUAAUUCCAGAUACGUUAGGAGCCAUCUUAUAUUGCUACUACAUCCCAAGUUGUGGGCAAGACUCUUUACACAAUGUCCUGGAAAGUACUACUUGAACAUUAUUUGGACUACUGAUUUUGAAUAAAUAGCAGUGUUUCAAAAACAAUAUUCGUGUCAUUUUCAAAGAUUUUUCGCCAGUUUUAAGUUCUUGAAUUUACUUGAAAAACGUCCUUGAAAUUCCUGAAAAAGUUCUCGAAUUUCAUCUUCACAAAAGGCUCUACGGCAAAAAUUGCCUAUACAUAAAAACAUACAAACUUUAUUUAACCGCGCUACUCGCUAGCCUCAACAACCUUUACUCUUUAGGAGGCUGAUUUCCUUUGAUUCAAUCAUCUAAAUGUAUCUAAAUGUAUACUCGUAAAUGUAUCUGGCUGUACAAUUUGUUAAACUCUUAUCCAUGAAUGACAAGAGUUUAAGGUUACAGAACACCUUUGAGUGUUAAUUUUGCCUAAAAUUUUUUUAUUGGUUUCCAUGAAAGUUCUACUAUCUGACCAAGUUUGAACGAAAAAUGUUGAAAACUCGCAGAGUUAUUUAAUUAAAUACAUUUCGCUGCAAUAAGAAAAACAUUGAAAAUGUAAUAUUCAAAUUCAAUUUUCUCCCGAAAAAUUUUACGGUAAUUACUGAUUUUCAAACGAGUUGUGCUCCUGCGGGUUUUAACCAAUUUUUCUCAAAUUUUCACAGGACAUAGCUAAAGACGUCAGUUUCAAAAUUGUAUUCGGCUUUUUUUAAAUUUUGUAUAUUUUAAUAAUAAAGACAAUUCGCUCAAACAAUUCAGAAAUAUAUUGCAGUCGUCAAAGAAAUCGCCAUAUCAGCGGAAUGACGAAAUAAACAAAAAUUUCCGAACACAAUUUUUUAGAACAACUAUUUUACUGUAUAAAAAUGAUAUUUUCAUAAAUAUAACUUAAAACCAGCAGGAGCACAACUCAAAAGCGUAACGGUACCGCGAUUUAAGAUUUUCCUGAAUAAUUCUUACAUUAUUUUAUUGUUUGUUAAUUAAUUUUACAACUUUACCAUAUUUUGCAUGCACUGGCGAACAUUUGGUGAAACUUUGAUUAAAAUCGGACUAAUAUUGAGCGCGCAUUAGCAGUUUUCCGCAAAACGCCAAAAAGGGUGUCCUGUAACCUUAACAAAUUGUGCAGCCAGAAACAUUUACGAGUUAACUAAGAUUUUCUCUGACUGUCUGUACUGUUUGUAAUUAAGGAUUAGCUAUAGUUUUAUUGUUUGUAUGUGUCUGUUAUAUUGUAUCAUAUCCUAUGUACCAGUAAUGGUGUAAUGGAAUAAAUAUAUUAUUAUUAUCUAUUCUUCCCGCACAGUGUAAUACAGAGGAAAUUCAUACAUGUUGUUUCAAACCAAAUGGUACCUUGCUGGCGUCAGGUCCUGUGGAAACUCACUAUGAAACUGAGAUACGUAUUUAUUGAUACACGUGCAGUCUGCGUGUUCAGUCGACUCCAAGCAAGAAUAUUCAGGUGAGUCAUGAUUUAUAGUUGUUAACUACACAUGCAGGCGGCCCAAUCUUGCAAGGGUCAGUAUAGUAAUGUAUAUUAUAGUAAAAAUACUGGUGUCAUAGAAUAUAUAUUUUAAAAUGAAAUUUACUUGCCUAUUUGAUAGUGUGUGUUCUCCUUUUAUUCCUCCUUUGUUGGACUAAUAUUUUCCGAGACUUUGUGGACUAACAUCAUUCCCGCUACUAUAUGUAGUACAGUAUUUAUUUAUUUUUAUUUUCCCAUGUAUAAAAAUCUACUUAAAAUAUAUUACAGUAAUUUGAAGAUGUUGGGCUAGAGACCUACUAGAAAUCUUCAUAGACUUUUUAUUUUAGGUCUCUAGUUACUGUUCGUUUUAUCACAUAAUCGAUUAUUUACAGUCAAUCAAUACAUAAUAUGUAAAAUCAGAAAGUUUUGAAGUAUAUAUACUAUAUUUACAAGAGAGAAAAAGAAGUGGGAAUGGUCGUAUUAUAAAAAUUGAUAGUAAUGUUGUAGAUGCAUUUAAUUUUACAAUGACAAUGUUGGGCUACAAUAGACUAAAGUAUAUGUCAUUAUAUACAUUAGAGAAGUAUGUUUUAUAUAUUGGUAAUUGUGUAUAGCAAAAAAUGUUGUUUAAUUUUCUUUUUAAAGGUGUUAUAGGAGUUUACUUCAUUAAGUUUUGUUUCUAACGAAUUCCAUACAUCAACUCCUUUAUUUGAGAGAGUGUGUUUUACAUAAUUUGUUCUUUUAUAACAUUUGUGAAGUUUUGAUGCAUUUCUCGUGUUAUGUUCAUGAAUUUGGUUGUUUGUUACAAAAUCAUUUUUAAAGAAAUCUGGUAAAUUGUUAAGGUGGUGAUAUCGAAACAUAAAUAAGGCAGUUAAAUAGUCAUUGAUUUUGAAAAUGUCUAGGAUAUUUAAAUCUUUGAAAAUUGGUUCACUGUGCUCUAAAUAAUACAUCGAGUGCAAAGUCUCGGACUAUAUUAGUCCAACAAAAGAGGAAUAUUUUUUUCUGUGUUGCUGUUAUGUACUACUCAAGUGAAUAUGAUGUUUGUGAUGUUACUCUGAGUGUACAUCCUCACCGGGCAAGCUUGAAAAAUAUGCCUGGCCACGGUGGGAAUCGAACCUACGACCUUUGGAAUAUUAUCCCAAUGCUCUGCCAACUGAGCUACGCGGUCAGGAAUAAAUAAAAAGGAGAACACACACUAUCAAAUAGGCAAGUAAAUUUCAUUUUAAAGUAUAUAUUUUAUGACAUAUUGUUACUAUAAUAUACAUUACUAUGCUAUGCUGACCCUUGCAAGUUUGCGCCGCCUGUGUGAACUAUACAAGGCACUGGGAGACAGUAUGCCUCCACCUGCAAAGCAAGACAGACUGUUGCUAAUUUCUAAUCCAAUUUUCAUCCAAAUUGAACCAAAGUUAUCUCGCUGACAGACAAACACACACAGACUUUCAUCUCUGUGACCAUGCGGGGUUCGUUUCCUGUAAUUUGCAGUUGUCUGAUUAUAAUUUCAUCUCGGACACAUGACGCGAGAAGAAUGCUUCCAGAUUGACACUACCAAAGAUCACAGGACAGGUUUUCUCCAGAUGACCCGGUCUCCUCCUGUGGUAAAGCUGGAUCAAUAAGCGAUUAUCCUUACUGGAACUCUAGGGAGAACAGACUGAACAGUUUAGAACUGAUAGAGCUAUCCAGUAUAUUAUAAAGUUAGUUUAGUUUAGAUUUUCUCCUAGUAACACUGGAUAAAUACGAGAUGAUCCUUACUGGGCCUCUAUAGGGAGAACAGUUUACAACUGAUAGAGCUAUCCAGUCAGUUAUUAAGUUAGUUUAGUUUAGGUUUCCUCCUAUUACUCGAUCAAUGAGAGAUGAUUCUUCAGUGACCUCCAGGGGGAACAGUUUAAAACUGAUAGAGCUAUAUCCAGUAUAAAUACAGUUACUGUGAUUUAGUUUAGUUUAGGUUUCCUCCUGUAGUAACACUGGAUCAAUUAGAGAUGAUCCUUACUGGACCUCUAGGAAGAACAGUUUAGAACUGAUAGAGCUAUCCAGUAUAAAUAAAGUUAGUUUAGUUUAGGUUCCCUCCUGUAGUAACACUGGAUCAAUAAGAGAUGAUCCUUACUGGACCUCUAGGAAGAACAGUUUAGAACUGAUAGAGCUAUCCAGUAUAAAUAAAGUUAGUUUAGUUUAGGUUUCAUCCUGUAGUAACACUGGAUCAAUUAGACAUGAUCCUUACUGAACCUCUAGGAAGAACAGUUUAGAAGUGAUGGAGCUAUCCAGUAUAAAUAAAGCUAGUUUAAUUCAACUUUCCUUUGGUUUCCUCCUGUAAUAAAUCUAUAAUAUCACCAAAUGGGUGCUACUAGAUUUGAACUGAAAAAUAUAGAUUUUCACACUGAGAAGCUAACGAAAGAAACGAUCUAUUAAUAACAAGUAAUUAUUGCACUCCAUUUGAGAGAGAAAAUUAUUAGAUAAGCGAAACAAUGGCAUCGCAGCUAGCCAACAAUGAAACGUUUAUUAUCACUGACACAUUACCCAGCUAGCCUGUGUAUUUGUGAUAAAUUUAAUCUCGAAUUGUAUAUGCAUUAACUUCCCUAUUUUUAAUUGGCUUCCUUAAGAUUGAUUUAGCUGUGAAGAGUUUUUAAUUAUUUCCGGUUGAUAAUAAUAACAUGGCGCGCCUAUUGUGAAAUGCUGUUCCAUUUUUCAAAAUAACAUAAAGGCAAGCUUAUAUCGUAGAUAUCAAGAAUAUUCCAGCGGUUACCCCCAUUUGAAUAGAUGGCGGCCAUGUUGAGGUUUCCCACUCGCUAAUAAACGCUUAAAAAACAACAAUAACUUUCAUCAUUUGAAUAGUUUGAAAAUGUAUUUGGAAUAGGUUUUUUUCUUAAUGUUUAAGUUUCCUGUUUAAGAAAUAGAAAACAUACGAGUCUUCUCAUUUCAUUUCUUCUCAUUUCAUUUCAUAUCCUGAGUCUGCAAUCACGGUUUCAAUUUUUGAAUUGCAGAAUAAUUAGAUGCACUAUCUAGUGUAUAUAAGAUAUCUAUGGCUUAUAUACGUUGCAGUCUGAGGGGCAUAUACACUGAUGAAGUAUUUCUAGUAGAAAGAUAUAGCUGUAUUAAAACGGACUUUUAUCAGCAUUACAUGCAGUUGUGUGAUAAUUAGCCUUUUCCCAAAAGAGAUCACAGUGCAUUCUGGGAUCGUUUGGAGGGACAAAAUAUAUGGCGACAGGCGUCAAUAUGUGAAAGAGUAGAAGUAUCUAUACUAUCAAUUAUUUUUAGACGACCAAAAAUGAAAUAUCUCCUUUUUACAUUAAACUUUUAAUUUAAAUGUGUGCUGCCAUAUUUCUUGUCCCUCCAACAUGGGAUUUGCACGACAAGACCCAGGACUUUGGGAAAUGGCUAAUUGAAGGAUAAUUGAGCUACAGAAUGAAUUACUUGAAUCGCUGAAUUAGUGAUGGCAUUAUGGUUUGAUGAUCACAGAAAAAGAUUUAUAGCGCAAAAUAUUGUAAUCAUUAAAAAAAUUCAGUCCUAUCUCUGUGAUCAGAUUUUUUCAGUAACAUUCAUCAAGUAAUUGACCAACCCUAAUAGAUGUGAGUAUAAUGAGCACGUUCUGUCUAUCUCUGAGCGAAAUCUUGACAUUCUAUUACCUCAUCAUUAUUUACACUCACGCUAUAAGAUCGAAAAACCUCUAAAAAUACUCAGUGGGAAAAUUGUUUAAAGUUUAACAUACCGUAAACCUUAGCUCGUGAGCAUUUUUUGAUGGGCUUAUGGGGGGGGCUUCUAUAUGGAGGAUAUUUGAUGUUAAUAAUAAUAUUUUUGAAUUAUACUGUGAAUGGAAAGAAAUAUAAACAUACAGUAUAUAUCACUGUAUAAAUGUAAUUAUCGUCAUACGUCUGAGCUGUUGGCAUCCCGGUCGUUGCGUUAAUAAAUACCUGCCCAAUAUUAAGCCCAUGGCCUUGUACACGGUGGGGCUUAUAUUCGGAAUGGCCUUGAGCGUUUGUGAAUAUGGUGGACACGGGGUGGGGCUUAUAUUUGGGGGGAGGGGCGCUAACUGAUGUUACUGUGUAUGUUUUGGUUUUGUGAUGUGUUUAAUUGCUAUUACAUACAUAUUUCUUUGAACUUUUGUUGGUGUUCAAAGUGCCGUUGGGGGUGGGAGAUGGUGUAAGGUGCUGAUUAGGGGUGUCUCUACAAAUAAUAUAUUUUAUUUUUGUUCAUUUUAGAUUUAUCACGAAAACGUUCUCCACCUCCCAUCUAA